AUCAGUUCGGCAAUUUAUGUUUCGCCUGUUACGCUAUGACGGCAGUUGCGGCUCUUGAGAUUCUACUAGCGCACCAGGCGGGAAAACUCACCUUGCUCUCCGUUCAAAAUUUGAUUGACUGCGAUCGUACAAACAAUGGCUGUAUGGGAGGGCACACCAGUAACUCCCUGAAUUAUAUAAGGGAUGUUGGAAUAGCCACCGCCAGGGCUUAUCCAUACCAAGCGGGGCAAUUCGGAUGUCGGUCCAAUCAAAUAAAGCCUUACGUCAAGCUCACCACCUUCAUCGAAUCAGAUCCAAGUAAUAUAGAGGGUCAUUUAGAGCUCAGCCCAAUCCCAACGGCGGUACACCAUCCCCCGGAGCUCCAAUUUUACAUUUCAGGAGUGUUCGAUUCAGACAACUGCCCAAACGACAUUUGGAGUAUAAAUCACGGCGUUGUCAUUGUCGGCCAUUACAGAGAUGCGUGGAUUAUCCGAGACACGGUUCCUGAAGAAUGGGGCUUACAGGGUCACUAUUUGAUGAAAAAAGGGAUAUGUUGCGUUGGUGUGUCGAGUUAUACGCUGAUUGAACCGCAAAUUAUGACAUAUAAUGAUGACAGGAGUAAGAGACAGAAAACAUGACGGACACUGAACGAUCAAACUUCAGUUCAGAGUCAUCAUAACCAAGGGCCAAACAGUAUCACAUCACAUUAUGUUGAUUAGUGUAAAAUAUUAGAUUAAGACAAGCUUUUGGGACUCGAUGUAAACUUAGGAUAAAAAUAUGUUCUCUUGUACUGAGCCUACC